GUGUGAUGUAGCUAAGUUAAACAUGUUUGUAGAGCAGAUGUUAUAUCAAACCUGUUUUAACAAUUAAUACUAUAUUUAGCUAGUAAAUACUACGAGGCCUACCAUGAGAACCGAUCUGAUAAUUUCAAGCUUGCUGGGGUUGGUGGUCUACUGGUGCGUCUGGUUCGCAAGUGACUAUUACCCGCAAAUUUUGAAGUAUAUGUAUGAGCAUUUCCCGAAUUAGCUUUGCCGUGAUGGGACUCAGAAUAAUACCGAGAAUAUCCUGGAGUAACACGAGAGUGAAUAGAGAUCUACCAAGGCUCUUCCACCCUGUUACCUACGUUUUGUUUACCUACGUCUUCAACCCCUACGUCAAGGUCAAGGAGAGAGGCAAGGUGAAAAUGAAACCAGACUAUGAGUAUGUGGAGUGUAUUUCAAAACUGGAUACAGUGAAGAUGGAGAAAGUGGAGGAUAUCCGGUACAAUUUCAUGAUAGGCCCUAGAGGUAACGUGUUCGAAGGCAGAGGGUGGCACAAGCGACCUGCUUUACCAAGAAGGUUCAUCCCCCUUCAGGGCUGCGCUCUCUACGUUGCAUACCUAGGAUACUUUAAAAAAAACCCACCACCAGAUGAAAUGUUGGACACAAGGCUAACGUUCAUGCUUUAUGGAAUCAAAUAUCGUUAUAUAAAGAAAAAGUGCAACGAAAUAACAAUGUAAAUUCAUUGUACAGAACUCAGUAUAGUUUUAUUAAUGUUAUGACAUAAGCUGGAAAACAUGUAAAUACUCACAUACUUUUGUAUAUUACCAAUUGUGUAUAUACUG